GAAACGUCCCUUCCCUCCCUUCCUUUAAGUGUAAUUUGUAUACUUCAUUAAAAUGUUGUUGUUUGGUUAUGUUUUUAUUUAAAUCGUAGUACCUAAGCUUUAAACAACGAAUAUGACAAUAUUAGUGAAAAUGCAAGAGGAGCCGCCGCAGUGGGGUGUGAUCGAGCUACAAGGAGAUGUAGAGUCCCGAUACCAGACUGCUGUGGAGGACCAAUUUGUGGGAGACCUGCAUUUCACUAUCCAGGGAAACACCCCAGUUUUGAUCAUCGGCCAUCACAUUCUUUACGGAAAAGCUGUUACGUUGGAGAAGCCUUUCGCUGUUCUUGAAAAGUCAUCCGACUCCAAUUCCACAGAAUAUAUUGUAAAAGCAUUAGUCAAACAAAAACUAUUAUUCAAAACUAGACCUAAGCCUAUAAUCGCUAAUGUGCCUAAGAUUUUAUAGCUUAUGAAGUUUUGUAUAUAUAAUUGUGUAAUU